UGUAAAUACUGUGGCAAGAUGGCGGCUGAUUUGGACAACGGAAUGGAUUUGUCUGGGUUUAUUGUCGACAAAGGAAUAGAAGCUGAAAAUGAUAAAACUGAAGAAGUGGCUGAGAUUUCUUUGUCUCCUGAUUUAGAAGCAGAGGAAGAAAGAAAAGCAGAGUUGCGUGAACAAGCCAAAAAGGUUCGAGAUUUUUCCUUUGACACGUCACUCACUUGCUGGAAUUCACAUGAUUUCUUGAUCGUAAAUAUCAAUGUAUAACAUUAUUUGAAAUUACGAGCAAUGUAUGUUAUCAACGGUAGAUAUUCCAGAGAUCUGAAUGUUUUUCCAAGGGAAAACUCAGGAUAAAAGUGUCGGGAAAAAGAAAUCGAAAUGUCGACCAUUUGAGAUCCAUCAAGAAAAUACUCACUUAGGGUGUAAUUCCAAAGGUUAACAAGGAAUGAUUCUCAUGGAAUUUCAGCAGAAUUUAUCCCUCCUUUAUCAAAUAUUUCUGUAAAUCCGCUUAAACUUUGGUGAAAAUUUAGGAACAGACUACUGUCAUUCCAGUUAGGGUUAUCUUAAUUUUUUUAGAAUGAGGAGUGGUUGAUUCAUUAUUGAAAUGUUCAUUUUAAGAUUCACCCAGUCUGACAUCAAAUUUAAUAAAGUGUUGUCAUUAACAUGUAAUUUAAUGAGUGGGUGGAGGAGAAGAAAAAAUGAAACUUCUGUAAUCAAACUGUAUUUAAGAAAUGUGGACAUGAUAAUGAUAACCAAUUCAUUAUUCCUUUUGGUCUAUUAACUCUUGUAGAUUGAAGAGGAAAUUGUUACCCUUAAACAAGCUCUUGACAGGAAAGAGAAACAGUUAGCAGAGAUAAAAAGAUUGUUGGGUAUCACAGCCUGGUCUCAGUUAAAAGAGGGAUUACAUAAUCAAUACCAGAACUUACAAGGAACACAGAUGUAAGACUGAAACUUUACAAAUGACUAAUAACUGUUAUUCCUAGGUUGGAAAUUUGAGAUGAUAUCUUGGAAUUAGAAAAAAACUUUUGAACUAAGGUAAUUUUUUAAAUGACUGGAAAGUUACAUGUGGAAUAUUGUUUGGUUUUGUCUUAAAAUAGGUAUCAAAAGACAUCUGACACCUUUAAAGACUUGAAUGAUAAAAUUGUUCAUUCCCAAACGUAAGUGAUGUUGAGUUGCUUCACUGACUCAGUUUAUGUGUUACUUCUUUUGAAAUAUUACAAUGCCCUUGUAUAGUGUUAAUUUGUUGAAAAGAUACAGAAUUGUAGAAUUUUCCUUAUGACUAACAUGCUUUGUUUUUUAAAUAUAUAGUUAGAAAUGAUAAUGAUGAUGGUGAUAGAAGUUUGUUAAUACAGAAAUGAUAAUCUUAAUCGGAACAUAUGUUAAGAAUUUUGUAUCAAUUUCAUUCUUUUCUUUUAUUUGUUAUUUUUAGUUACAAUAAACUGAGCAGUGGUGCCUCAGCAACCAAAACAGUGUUAAGUGAUGCAGGAUCAAGGACUGCUAAUGCAGCAAGAAAUGUUGGAUCAGCAACAGCCAAGAAACUGGGAGAAAUAAGGUACUAUGUGUUUCAUCAUCACUGAGUCAUGCAGGAUAAUGAGCAGCUUGAAGUUACUUAUCCUUGAAACAAAUUCAGUUAAUAAUGGCUAACAAUAUAAUUUGGUAUGAUAAUUUAUGUCUAAAAGAUAAUUAAUUGUGAUUACUUAAUGACAAUACAGAGAAAGGUUACCCUGCAUGAAAUAUGUUGAAAGUGUUACUUUAAUUGUCAUUUUAGGGGAUCCUCGAUGUUUCAAUCUUUGGAAAGCAAAGUUGUGUCUGCUUCUUCAACUCUUAAGGUAUGGCACAUUGAUUAUUUAAAAUUGAUAAAAAUAUACUUCAAAUUUCCCAGGUAACCACACUCCACUUUCUGUUGUAUUUAAUCACCAAUUCAGACUCUUUUGGCAUGUCACUCAUUCUUGGUUUUCUGAAGGGUGGAUAGCUUGUUCCACUGUAUACUGUAAUUACUUAUUUGGACAACACUCUCCCAAUUGAUAGAUAUAUCAUUAGGACAGCUUUUGAAAAGGUGGUUUAUACUGUCCAAGGGAUAAGUAUGAAUGAAACAAACCAUGCUUUGAAUUGGAGACAGAUGUAAUCAGUGCAUAGCAAGUAGCCUUAACAACUGGGACCCUGAAUUAGAAAUUUUAAUGUCUGCGUCAGCCGUUUGUUAAUAAAAACUAUCCAGUAGGUCUGAAAAUAAUUUUGUGUGAAAUAGAACAGUUCUGAGCUAUGGUAAUGUAAUGGAAAGUCCAACAGGAGGAAAGUGCAACAACUAUUAAAAAUUUAUCCAGUUUUUCAAAGGACAGGUUAUCCUAUUAAGAUAUUUAAUCAUUAUUGAUGAGGAGCAUAUGAACAUUUCUAUCAUUCAUCUACAAGGCGGCAUUGGUUCUUGGCAAAUGUGUUUUGUGAAAUCAUUUGACCAGGAGAGCAAAUAAAUAGCCUAGUUUAGUGAAGAUAUGAAUAACUUGAAUGAUAGUUUUUAUUACAAGAUCAUACAUUUUUUUCAUAAGAAAUUAGGCUGCAAUACUUGUAGUACACAGGUCACCACUGUCUUUUGUUCUUGAAUAAUUCUGAUAUUUUCUGUUUUUUUUUGUCCUGGAAAUGUAGAACUUUGAACUUACCUUAACCUUAAAGAAAACUUUCUGUACUUAGUAUUAUUUAAUGAAGGCAAAUCUGUUAUUCUUUUAAUCUCUUGUAGCACUACAACUGCUGUUUAGAAAAUCGUAUUAUUUUUAUUCUUUUGAAACUAUUUUAUUAAUUAGGGUAAUGUUAUGAAACUGAUUUUGUUAGCAUUGCUCUGAAACUUAUUGCUUUUGUUUGUUGUGUUCAGUAAAAUAAGUUUUUCAUUUUGAUGUUUAUUAGAAUGACUCUAUGAUAUAUUAAUUUAAAAGAUGAAUAAAUACAUGAACUAAAUCGUCUUAAUUCUAACAAAUAAUUCUAAUAUUACUCUCUUGAUAUAGUUUAAGAUGCUGGGAAGCUCAAACAAAGGCCAAUUAACCACAAGUCAGCCUCCAUCUUCACCCAAUAAUGACAUCAGUUUAUCAUGAGGAUUGUCAAAUUAAUCUCAACCUUAACUUUGCUUAAUAGUUUUAAUAAAUAGUAUUAAAUCUUGAGGAAGUAAAGUAGACACAGCACAUGAAUUGAUCCACUGAAUCAUGUGGCACAAAUGAAGCAGAAGGUAAAAAAUACUUUGACAGACUUUGGUAUCACUGGUUUCUAAAAAGUAGCAGAAAUUUAAGAUUUUGAAGAGGUUUGCUGUCUGAGACAGGUUUGUCAAUAGAAUAGUGUUCAAUUAUUUAACUGAAAAAAUAAUGUAUGAGUUGAGCUCACUGCUAUCACCCCUAACACUGUGAGAAUAAUUUGGGGCCAUAUAAAAUUCAUUUCUCAUGUUGAAAGGUACAGUAUUUGAUAGUAGGAACCAUUUAAAGUGUUUUCAUCACUACUUAUUUAAGUGAAUGUUAAUUUAAACAUAAGAUUUUUCAGAGAAAGGAUUUCUAUAGAACACAUUUCAUAGCUGUUUGGUAUUUCACUGAAAUAUUUUUAUGCUAUAUAGACUAAGUGAACUGUUAGAAAACAGCCUUGAGGGACAGUGUUGUUGUUUGUCAUUAAGAGGAGAAGAGUUUUUUUCUUCUGUGUUAAUAAAUACUUGAUUUGCUGUAAAUGGAAGGAAACUUUGGUGUUCAAUUGUACAUAGGUUUCCAGGGAUUGAUGUGAAGAGUUAUAAUAUCUUUGAGAGAUGAUUAACUUUACUUUUCAUUAACUGAUUGUCCAACUUUAAUAUAAUCCUGUGUAAAUCUGAAUUCCCUGCUUAAAGAGAUUAGGGAGAGAGAUUUCUUUGUAACCCUGUCAGUAAUGAUAGUGUUUUAGGAUAAUUUUUAAUAAUAACUAAAAUCUGCAUCAUAGAGAAUGCUAGUGCUGUUCUUGUCUCUAAACCAUAAAAGAACUUGGUUCUUGCAACUGUUUUCUGUCCUGGGGUCCUAGUUGUCAUGUCUGCUAUGUAUUUAGCGAAGAUAAACUGCUCUUCCUUUCAAUGAUGUAACUAUCUUCCAACACUUAAGUUGAUAUCUGUGGUAGGAGACAAUCAAAUCAUUUUCCCUUCAUUCUGGGAGAGUCAUCUGGCUUACACAACAUGAUUACUGAUGCUUUUAUGCAGACAUCUAUUUCACCAAUUUCUUUGAGGUUUGGGAGAAAAUGUUCAUGUAUGCUUGUUUGAACACCUUUAUGCAUUGAGAGAGGAUGCUUUGGUUAAAAUCAGUAUAUUUAGGUAUUUCAAUUACAUAUGUUAGGCAGUCUCCUGUAAUGAGUCUGUCGCUAAUAAGAUUAAAAAGUAACACUUUUGCUAUUAAACAAUGGUUAUGUCAGCUCUGGUUAUUGAUUCAGUGGAAUUGUGACAUGAUUUGCCAUGUCAUUCCCCAGCAAACUUUAACUUUUCCUUGCCAUUUGCAGUAGUGAGUAAGGUGCUUGAUAAUUUUACCUUUUCUUGCAAUAUAAGUAUGAAGAAAGGAGCUACCUGUCAGCUUAUUUGUAUUUUAUCAAGUAAUGGAGAGUUGCUGUUUGUAAUGCUCCUUUUGUAAUUUUGAAAGUGCUGCAUUGCUUACUGAGCUGUGUAAAGAGAUCACAUGUCCAAGAAAGUUGACAUGGCAGUGAAAAGAAAUACAUCAGUUUAUAGAAAAGUGAUGAAACUACAAGAAAAUUAAAACGAAAAAAAAAAAUGGUUCCUUAAGACGCAAGCUCUUUUUCCUCCUGCUUUGAAUUCUGAUCAGUUUUUUUUCCAUUACCUAGUAGCAACAGCUCCCAUUUUGAUAUUUUGUCAGUUAUAUCAUAAUCAAUGGCAAAUCAGUUUUAUAUCUGCUAAUUUUAUGCUACCUACUGGAACUUCCACUGUUAGCAGCUAGAUAUUGGAAACCUUUCCUCCAUUUGGCUCAUAAAAAAAGUUUGUGAGUUUGAAAAUGGCUGAGAGGUUUGGGUGGAAAUAAAAGUUUCAAAGAAUGAAGUAGAUUGUGUGUCCAUCAUGUCUAGUAGUUUGACUGUGUUAUUUACUACUUUACAGGAAAAGAUAGUUGGGCCAAGUUCUAACAGUUUGGAUGAGUCUGAACUCAAUAAGGGUCCAGACCCUGACAUGGAGUAA